AUGGUUAGUACAACAUCUAUAAUAGAAUCAUGUCCGCUUGCUCUUAACUCUUUGAUACUUAAAGACCUUAAAAAAGAGUUCUGUUGCAAUGGCACUGUGGUCCAGGACUCUGAAUUAGGACAGGUUAUUCAGCCUCAAGGUGAUCAGAGGAAGAACGUUUCUACGUUCCUUGUUCAGGCUGGUCUUGUGAAGAAGGAUAACAUCAAGAUCCAUGGUUUUUGAGCAAAUUCUAGAUACUUCAUCUUUGCCCAACGACUUGAGUUUGCGGAUACAAUCAGCCAGUCUCUAAGGCAAUAUAAACAACCACUUAUGUAUUAAUGUUUUUAUAUUGUGUCACAACAAUCUAAAGGUUUGCUUUAUGAGCGAAUAUAAAUGUAUGAACGUUCCCUUUGCGUUUCUAGUGUGAGAUUAUUAUCAAUAAAACUUGCUUUGUGAAA